AUGUUAUGCCACUACGCAACAUUACCUUCCACUUCAGUUCUCAUUCUUCUAUUCUAUCUUCUACAAAAUACUACAAACCUUAACCAAAUCAAAGGGAAGAGACUCAUCAUCACCUUUCUAAAACAAAUGAUGAAAUGGGGAGCAAGAAAACAUUCUUCAGCUUCCUCUUCUUCUUCUCCUGGCUCUUCUUUCGUUUCCCAUGCAUCUCCUUUCUCUUGGCUCUCCAUGUUCAAGAAUAUGAGAAUCAAUUCAGACCCAAGUGCUGCAAAAAUGAAGCACAAGGCAAAGCCGAGUGGUUCACCACAAUAUUUUUGUGAGACUGGAGAUACAUGUUGUGUAAAGGAUGAUGGUGAUUUAUGUAGACAGCCUUUAGAUGAAGAGAGUGGUGAUGAUAAGAAGAAUGAAGAUAUUGAUGAGAGUGACUUUCCCUUCUCAAGUUGCCUUGGUGGUAGAAGGGAUGCUAAGAAACAUGGAAAGAAAGCCACACUCAAGUUAAAGGCGAGGGAUAUUGGUCAAGCAGAAGAAAGAAAGUUGUUGAAUGAUGGGAAGCCUUCAAAGGAGAUGGAUGAGUACAAUAGAGGAAAGGAAUAUGAAAACUUAAGGAAGAGAUUUGAAAGGAAAGCACAAGAGGCUUUUCAAGAGCAACUCCUCACAUUAGAAACAGAAAUUGAGGAAGUUGAGUUUGGAUCCAGUAAAGCAGUGGAAAAAGAUGCGUUACAGUUUGAAUCACCCAGAACAAUUUGCACCCCAAGAACACGUGCUUUUUCCUCUUCAGCAGGUUCAAGGAAUCCUAUCCUUGGGAAUAUUAUAGAAAAAUUUGAGAAAACUGAAAGGCUAUCUCACAAGAAAAUGAGUUCUGAGAAGAAGAACUUGAAACAAACUGAAGAUAUGAAGGUAAAGACUAACAGCAAGAAGCAACCACAUCAUCUCAGCAGAGAACAUCAGAGGAGGAAACCAAAGCAGAGCUCUAGGGUCAAAAUACAUUCUCCAAGGAUGGUUGCUAAGGUUGAAAUUUGCAAAAUAAAGGCUCUGGAAGACAUGAAGAAAGCAAAACUAAAGAUGAAGAAAGAAAUGGAGGAAAUUGUGGAGGAAAUACCAGGAUUAGAGAGCUUUGCUGUGAUUAAGUCUUCAAUAGAUCCAAAGCAAGAUUUUAGAGAUUCAAUGAUUGAGAUGAUCAUGGAAAAUCAGAUUAUUGAGCCAGAAGAAAUGGAAGAUCUUUUGGCAUGUUAUCUGACAUUGAAUGCAGAUGAGUAUCAUGAUCUCAUCAUCAAAGUGUUCAGGCAGGUAUGGUUUGACAUGAGCCAAGGUAGUUUGAGUAUUAAACUAAAUAUGCAAUGUUGUUACUAUGAAUAA